AUGUCAAGGCUGAGACAACAAAUAAUGACUGGUUGGCCGGGAACCAAACAGGAAGUUGAUCAACAAAUUCAGACAUACUGGAAUUAUCGCGACGAAGUUGCCUGCAUUGAUGGAUUGAUGUUUAAAGGACACAAACUGAUCAUUCCAAAGUCUCUGCGACCAGAAAUGCUUGACCGGAUACAUGAGGCGCACCUUGGUAUGGUCAAAUGUAAGGCACGCGCGAGGGAAGUACUAUUUUGGCCAGGAAUGAGUACUGAUAUAGAAGAGAUGGUUGCCACCCGCAACAUUUGUGCUAGACACACAAACAGCAACGCAAAGAAACCACUUAUACCCCACGACAUACCAAACCGACCAUGGGCUAAAGUGGCAAUGGAUCUAUUUGAACUUAAGGGUCAACAUUACCUGCUUAGCGUAGACUAUUUUUCAAAGUGGCCUGAAAUCUCAAAAUUACAAGGACUGACAAGCAGCUCUGUCAUUAACCAUGUAAAGAGCCAAUUUUCCAAAUAUGGAAUUCCAGACCAAGUCAUAAGUGUCAACGGACCACAGUUUGCAAGUCGGGAAUUUACCAAAUUCUCAAAAGACUACGGUUUUCAACACACUACCACGAGUCCACAUUACCCCUCAUCAAAUGGUCAAGUGGAAAGAAUGGUACAGACAGUAAAGAGACUACUGAAGAAGGCAAAUGACCCAUACCUAGCAAUACUCGAUUAUCGAAAUUCACCGAUCGAUGGAAUUGACCUUUCACCUGCACAAAUGUUCAUGGGAAGGCGACUUAAGACCACCCUACCCAUUGUUGAAACCACGAGUGUUAGACGAGAUUCAGGACAGUUUAAAGUUAAGACAAUUUCGACAAAGAAAUUAUUUGAAUAG